UGGGAUUUACGACGGCGGCGGGAAGAACAACGGAAGACAUAUUUUUUACCAGCAUGAAAUUUAGAUUAAUAAUUUUACACAAAUCAACAGACAUCAAAGGUUUUAAAAACAAACUGGCAGCCAUCUUGAUUUAAAAAAACCCGGUUCAAGUGCCAAGGAGUAAAACUGGAGUAAGUGCAAGUAGCCAAGGUGUUUGACUAAUCUCAGCAGUUUUAAUUUAUUUUAUUCGGUAAAACGAUAAAAAAAUGAGAUCGAUUUUAAUAACUGGAUGUAAUCGCGGAUUAGGUUUAGGACUUGUCAAACAACUAGUGAAAACUAAAUUUUCGCCAAAAUAUGUCAUAGCAACUUGCCGGAACAUCGAAAAUGCAAAGGCGUUGCUUCCUGUUUUAAAAACAGCGGCUGCAAAUAAUGCUGAUGGUGCACUUGGUAGCAAAAAGGCUGCAGUUAUAAAUAUGACCUCGAUAUUGGGAUCGAUAGCUCAAAAUAACGAUGGAGGAUUGUAUCCCUAUCGUUGUUCAAAGGCUUCUAUCAAUAUGGCUACUAAAUCUCUAAGCAUCGAUUUGAUUAAAGAUGGCAUCUUGGCGACCUGCGUCCAUCCUGGAUGGGUGAAAACGGACAUGGGAGGUAAUGGUGCGCCAAUGACGAUAGACUCUAGCUGUUGCAGCUUAGUUCAAUUCGUGGAAAAUUUAAGUGAAAAACAUAAUGGAGGAUUCUUUCAGUGGGAUGGGAAACAACUGGAAUGGUAAUAGUGAUAAUAUUUAUGAGAUGUAAAUUAGUAAAUUUGGCAGUGUAAUGAUAUCAGCUUUACGCUUUCCUGUCAUAAUUUUAGUGUAAGUAGAGUUUUCAAACGCGCCCUUAGCAUAACACAUACAUUAGAAACAUAAUCCUCACUUCUGAUCUGAUUAUUAUUGGUGUUGUCCCUAAUAAUUUACGGGUGCUUAUUUUCGAUAAUU